AUGAGCAACCAACCACCUUAUCCUCUGCACGAAUCAGUCCUUGAUCGGAUUGACCCUGAAUAUGCAGCAUUCUACAACAAACACAUCAUCGAUAAGCAACAAGUGCACCUGCAACCAGUAGAAGCAUCACGAAGCAGUGGUAUCCUCAUCCCCGGUAGUGGUCCCUUACAAACCGUCGCAAGCACCGUCGACUACGCCAUCAAACGUAAAGAGAGUAAAGGGCCUGAUGUCAAGGUUCGGUGCUUCACUCCAAUAGGCGACAAGCCAGAGUAUGGAUGGCCUGUGUGUGUUUAUUACCACGGUGGCGGUUGGGUUCUCGGCACAAUAGACACUGAGAAUGUCAUUGCGUCGCAUCUCUGUGCGAGGGGCAGAUGUGUCGUCGUGGCUGUCGAUUACAGACUGGCACCUGAGAAUCCGUUCCCUGCGGCAGUCCAUGAUUCAUGGGAAGCUGUUCUUUGGGUCUUGGGCGAGGGCAAGGAUACUCUGAGCCUGGAUACAUCAAAAAUGGCAACAGGCGGCUCUUCUGCUGGCGCUAAUUUGGCUGCUAUAAUGUGCCAACGAGCUGCUGAUCGAGGAUCCCCCAAAUUCUCCCUCCAGCUUCUUUCCGUCCCUGUGAUGGACAACACCGCCGAUACAAACAACAACGUCUCAUGGAAAGAAAACCAACACUCCCCUGCCCUUCCAGCCCCGAAAAUGCUCUGGUACAGAAACCACUACCUUCCAAACAAAGAAGACUGGGCGCAUCCGGAAGCUAGUCCAAUCUUUUGGAAGGGGGACUUCUCAAAGCUACCGCCUGCUUGUUUUGUCGUCGGUGAACUCGAUGUACUCAGGUCGGAGGGCGAGCAGUUUGCGAAGAAGUUGCAAGACGCUGGUGUCAAGGCAGAGCUGAAUGUCAUGACGGGCCAACCUCAUCCGUUUAUUGCGAUGGAUGCUGUUCUUGAAGCUGGGUCAAAAGCUAUCACGCUGUUCUGUGAUGCUUUGUACAAGACCAUGUAUGAGAAGUGGUGA